AUGAGUACAAUUACGUUUGUUACAGGAAAUAUCAACAAGCUCAAAGAGGUGACGGCGAUUCUCUCUGGCUCUAAAGAGCUUUCAGCAGAAACAAAGGUUGGAAAGUUCACCAUCACAAAUCGCAAGAUAGAUUUAGAUGAAUUGCAAGGAACCGUGGAAGAAGUGAUAAAAAGGAAGUGUAUGCAGGCAGCAAAGGUGAUUGGCGGACCAGUCAUGUGUGAGGAUACAUGUUUGUGCUUUAAAGCAAUGCAAUAUCAAUUGCCAGGACCAUACAUUAAGUGGUUUGUCAAGUAUGUUGGAUUGGACGGCAUAAACAAGAUGCUAGAUGGAUUUGAUGAUCGGUCUGCACAGGCAGUGACCACUUUUGGAUACUGUGAGGGUCCUGGAUCUGAUGUUCAUCUUUUUCAGGGAAGAACGGAUGGAAAAAUUGUUUCUAAAAGAGGUCCUACCGAUUUUGGUUGGGAUGCAAUCUUCCAACCGGAUGGAUUUGAAACUACAUAUUCCGAAAUGAGGGGUCCUGAAAAGAACAAGAUCAGCCAGAGAUACAAGGCUCUAUCGAAGCUUAAGGAGUUUUUAAUGGCACAAUAA